UUUCUUUCUUUAGUCUUCUUAUUCAGAGUUACUCCUCCACAAACUUUUGUUCUUCUAAACUAAAGACAAAUCAAAAUCAUAAAACUAAACCAGCCUAAGUUUUUGAAAUUGAAUUCCAAAAUCAAUUAAAUUGUGUUUUUGUCUCUCAUUUAAACCAUAACUGUUGCUGCAAUUUUACCCAGGUCAUAAAUAUUGCACUUCUUUAAAUGAUAAGGUAACUUAGGUAAGUGAUGCAACUUAACGAUCUCAGCUUCUUUUACCACUCCGGCGCCGGCGCUCGUCGCGUGGUCGGCGUUGUAACGGUGGUGAAGGAGUGGUACAGUGAUGAUGAUAAUGAGGUGAUCGUCGAUGUUAUGGCGGUUGGCGAAAUGAGAACGCCGCGGGAUUUGAAGGAAAUGAAAAGUAAUGAGAAGUUGAGUGGUUUUGUUUUGUUUUGUUUAGGCAGCCUAGAUUGCCGGUUAUGGCGAUUUCAGAGGAGAUUUGGGGGAGGAUUUGUGAGAUCGGAGGUGGUUAUGAAGGUGAUGGAAAAGGUGACGGUGGCGGCGGCGGUGACGGCAGAGAUGAUUAGAUCGAUGUUUCUUGUAAAUUUGUUAAGAGCUUCGUCUUGGCUUUAUGAAUUGUUCAAUCUGUCAGUUUGUUUUACAGUGUUGUUCAACUAAAGUUCAUAAAUAUUGUGAUUCUUCAAAUUAUAAGAUAAGUGAUGCAUUCUUUGAGCAUAUUUGUA